CCUGGCGAGCCGCCUCCAGCAGGGGCUCCGGAGAGCUGGUCGGCGGCCUGGGCAGGGCAGCCGAAGCCAUGGAAGCCUCCGCAGGUUGCUGAUCCGGGCCAGACAGCUGCAGCCGCGACUGCAGAGGCGCUGCGCCAAGCGGGGCCGGAGCCGUGCGAGCCGGCAGGCUGCGGAGCGCCGGUGGACACAGCCCCGGGGACACCACCCAUCCCGCCCCUCACCCGGACCCGCAGCCUCAUGGCCAUGUCCCUGCCGGGCAGUAGACGGGCCUCUGCUGGAUCCCGCAGCGGGGGCCCUUUGGGCCGCAGCGGCCUGGCGGUGUUCGCCCAGUGCCCGCAGCUGCCCGCCAGCCAGAACGAGCACCUGCCUCUUCUUCCUGCCUCCAGGCGCACCUCUCCGCCCGUGAGCGUGCGGGACGCCUACGGCACCUCCUCUCUCAGCAGCAGCAGCAACUCCGGCUCCUGCAAGGGCAGCGACAGCAGCCCCACACCCAGACGCUCCAUGAAGUACACACUGUGCAGCGACAACCAUGGCGUCAAGCCCCCCACCCCGGAGCAGUACCUGACCCCACUGCAGCAGAAGGAGGUGUGCAUCCGGCACCUGAAGGCCCGGCUGAAGGACACACAGGACCGGCUCCAGGACCGAGACACUGAGAUCGACGACCUCAAGACGCAGCUGUCUCGCAUGCAGGAGGACUGGAUUGAGGAGGAGUGCCACCGCGUGGAGGCCCAGCUGGCCCUGAAGGAGGCUCGCAAGGAGAUCAAGCAGCUCAAGCAGGUCAUUGACACGGUCAAGAACAACCUGAUCGAUAAGGACAAAGGGCUGCAGAAGUACUUCGUGGACAUCAACAUCCAGAACAAGAAGCUGGAGACACUGCUGCACAGUAUGGAAGUGGCCCAGAACGGCGCCACCAAGGAGGAUGGCGCCGGGGAGUCGGCCGGCGGGUCCCCCGCCCGCUCCCUCACCCGCAGCUCCACCUACACCAAGCUGAGUGACCCGGCUGUCUGCGGCGACCGCCCCCCCGGUGACCACCCUGGGGCCUCUGCUGAGGACGGGGUUGACAGUGGCUUCGCCGUGACCGACGACACCCUGAGCCGGACGGACGCGCUGGAGGCCAGCAGCCUGCUGUCGUCAGGGGUGGACUGUGGCCCCGAGGAGGGCUCGCUGCACAGCAGCCUCAGCCUGGGCCCCCGCUUCCCCGCCAGCAACACCUACGAGAAGCUGCUGUGUGGCCUGGAGGCCGGCGUGCAGGCCAGCUGCAUGCAGGAGCGAGCCAUCCAGACAGACUUCGUGCAGUACCAGCCGGACAUGGACACCAUCCUGGAGAAAGUGACCAAGGCCCAGGCCUGCGGGGCAAUCCCUGAUGCCGGGGACAGGUGCCCGGAGCUGGAGCCCUGCCCUCCGGGGCUCAAAGACCCUGACUCGGCAGUGGUGGUGACGGUGGGUGACGAGCUCGAGGCCCCGGAGCCUGUCACCCGAGGGCCGAGCCCACACCGGCCCGGCGCCAACCCCAGCCCCAGCCUGUCGGUGAGUGUGGCAUGCCCCGUGGAAGAGGAGGAGGAGGCGGCUGCGGCUGAGAAGGAGCCCAAGAGCUACUGGAGCCGCCACUACAUUGUGGAUCUGCUGGCUGUGGUGGUGCCGGCUGUGCCCACGGUGGCCUGGCUCUGCCGCUCGCAGCGGCGCCAGGGUCAGCCCAUCUACAACAUCAGCUCCCUGCUGCGGGGCUGCUGCACGGUGGCCUUGCACUCCAUCCGCAGGAUCAGCUGCCGCUCGCUGAGCCAGCAGGGCCCUGGCCAGGCGGGCGGCGGCUCCCAGCUGUGAGCAGUGCGCCACCUUCCCUCCCGCCCUCCUGGCCCCGGCCUGGCUCCGGCGGCCUGACCACUGAUUGUAGGGGUGCCGCUCUCCCUCCCACUCCUUCCCCGGGGCCUCUUCUUAUUUAUUUAGUUUUGGGUUUGGAAGUGGCUUUUUCAGGAAUUGAACAGUGUCGGAGGGCCAGGAGUCAGAGUUGGGGGAAGGCAACCCAAAACUGUGACAGAAGAAAAGGGAAGAGAGACCAAAGGUGGGGAGGCACACAGGUGGGACACGCUGCAGAGAGAGGAGGUGGGGAGGCCCCCCAACCUGGCCCUGUCUGUCUGGACCUUCACUGCCCCUGCCCUGGAAAGUCUCUGGUGUGUUGGUCUGGGGAGGCUGGCCUGAGGCGCCCGUGGGAGCCUCCCCGCCCCGUCCCGUCCCGUCCGGUCACCUGCCCACCCACGCCUUCUCUCAAGCCACCCCUUGCCCUCAGUCCUGCCUUUCAGGCCAGUAUUAUCUCCUCACGGGGAGGCAGCUGCUGCCCAGAGCACAGGCAACUGGCCCAGGACUCUGAGCAGGGUCGGCAACCCUGGGCCUGGGCUGCAGUCCCAGCACCUUCGGGCUGCUCCCUGCCUCGGGAUUCAGAACCGUGGUCAGGCCACAGGUGUGGGCCAGAGCAAAGGUGGUGACGGGCAAGAGGUAGCAGAGCACAGCGUGGGUUCUGUGUCUGUUUGUGCUACACCUUCCCUGGGAUCCAUUCCCUUCUCGGCACUUCCAGCUGUGUCAGAUCACUGUUCCCGUGAGAGCUGAGCCAGAGGGGCUGGGGCUGGAGCUGGGGCUGGGGCUGGAACACCUGCCUGAGCCCCGGCUCCAUCUGCAGCCUCUACCGCCCGCCCGCCCGAGAGGAGGAGGCCGGGCUGGCAGCGCAGCAGGGCCCCUCCGCCUCCUGGGACAGGUCCUGUGGGGUGGGAGGCAGGGCCGGACUCGGUUUGAGAAGCCAGAGGCCAUGACUGCCCCCGGAGCUCACCCCAAGGUUCCAUGGGGGCCUCGGGCCCAGCUUCUGCUUUGCACUAUGUUCACUUUGGGGCUUGGCCCUCACGCACCCCAGCAUCUCCACUGAGGGCUGCUCACAUUCUAGGGUGAAGGCUCCUAAACUCAGACCUGUCUGCCUCUGGAAGGAAUUCCAGCAGGAUGAGCGGUAAGAUGGGAUACUGAAGCCAUGAUGCUCAUCCAGGCCAAAGCAGGGUGCCCCGGGUUGUCUCCCAGGCAGGGACAGGGCACGGCAGGGGAGCCUGCAGACUCUCUGCUCACAGCCUGAGGCCAGUUGGCCUGGGAGCCUCACUGUCCCCCCUCCGUCCCUGGGACCACAUCUGGUCCCCCAGCAAUGCUGCUCAUUUUACCACCACUAUUAUUUUACAGAGUAUACCCACUCCUGCUCCAUUGUGGGGCUUACACCCAUCUGGGUACCCCCCGCACUCUUCAGAGGUUAGGCCCCACACCUGGGGGGGGUUGGUGGGACCCUACGUCUUACUCAUCCCUCUGGCCCCGGGACCACUCUGGUUCUCUGCCAAGGUUGCUUGCCCACCCCCACUGCUCCGACAGCCGCCACCUGACUUAGGGGCUCCCAGCCCUCCUCCCUGCGCCCUCCGCUUCAGGUGGGGCACCUGCAUGCACUGGGCAGGGGCAGCCAGCCCAGCCAUGGGGGCAACAGCCCCCUCUGCCACAACGCUUUGUGCCUCCAAAGCUCCCCCCACCAGUUGGGGCCUCAGAUUAGCCAUCCUUUGUGGAGCACCCCCACCCCAGCCAAAGCACACCUGAACUGGGGCCUGGCUGGGGCUGCCCCACAGAUGCUGGGGUCGUGACAUGGAGGGGCAGUGGACAAACCCAAUCCAAAGCCAAGCCGGGACUGGCCGUGGCCCCAGCCUCCUGUGCCGUGUACUCACGAAGCUGCGUAGUGUCUCCUUAGAAAUAGUCCAAGCUUUGCCGAGAAAAUAAAUGUAUGACUAUAUUUGACAACACAAAAUCUAUAUAUUUUUCACCACUGGAAUUAUGUGAGCUGCGUAGCCCCUCCGCUUCUGUCUGUGUCUUGCUCUCUGUGGCCUUCCUAUCGUGUCUUGUGUUUUGGUGGACGUGGUCAGGGCUGAGGCCGGAGCCCACUGUGUCCCUCUGGAGAAGGCCCUCGAGAUGGGCCACUGCUCUGGGUUGUAGGGCCCUCGCCCACAGUGUGGAGGGUCUUCUCUUUUGGGGCCUUCAACGGGUUUUUCUUCCCGUGUCAGUGGAGGCAGUGGCUCAGCGCCCAGCCCUGGGACGGACCUGAGAGCACGCUGCCCGUGGCCCUGGCCUAGCCCUUCGUGUGUGCGCCUGUGUGCUCAGUGUCCGCAUCUAUGCAAAAGGGGCAGCACGACGUGUGCAGCUCCGAGCAGUGGAGGCACAGCGGCCUGCUGGCUCGGGUUCCCGGCCCUGGUCAUGCAGGGCACAGAGCACGGGGUAGGAGGGCAAGGCCAGGGGCAGGGGCCGCUUGCCCGGGGCUCCUCCUCCAAAGAUCCCCUUUUUCUUGUUGCUUAAUACCUCGUCCUGCUGGGCUAUGGCCUUUCCCUCCUGCUCUCGGCUUUCGGAGCAGAAAUUGUUGGGGCCUCCCCUCCUGCCAGCCUCCAGCUGGAGCUGAUUAGAUCCUAAGGGACAUUUCCCCAGGAACCACCUACUGAACUGCUGGUUCCUUGGAGCUCAGAGGCCAGAAGUGGCUUCUGCUUAGAUGGAGGGCCUGGGUCUGGGCCUCCCUGCUGCUCCUCUGGUCCAGCCUCAGGCAGGAAUCAGAGCCAGGGCUGGGACUCUGCACAGAGAGCUGGCCUCCGGCGGAGUUUAUUCCGAGCAUCUCCCAAGGGGAUAACUUAGCCUUUCACUGAACAGCCUUCCCAGGCACCGCUAGCACCGGGGUAUCUGACAGUGCCUGGGGAGGGGCGGGCAUCGGCAGAGUUCCGGGGCAAGAGCCUACCGAGGGCCUGAGCCCGGGGAACUCGUGACACCCUCUCUGACCUAUGGGGACAAUGCAAACAAAUCACAGCGUACUCUCCCACUCGGCCAUCCCCUCGAUGGAGAAUUCAGGGGAUACAGGAAGGGGGGAGGUGGGGAGGGUCUUCAUUUUGUCUCCUUUGUCCUUCUGUUCAGAUAGAGUUGUACCUGCAGCAGACAGCUCUGAAUUAAAGCA